CCACGAAAAUCCAUAUAGCUAUUUUCUAAUGGCUAUAAAUAGAGGAGUCUAAACCACACAUUCAAGCAUUCCAGUCGCUUUAUAGACCGACAAUAACACUCAAAAGUUUUCGUUGUCCUUCAUCAUACCUUGCUGAAAAUCUUCACGAAGGAUAAACAAUCACACUCAACGGACGUUUCUGCUGUGGUAGAUCACUAAAGAAGGAUAAUGAAGAUUGUGAUGAAAGUUCCGAUGAAUGAUGCGAAGAGCCGGUGUAAGGCCAUGAAAGCUGCAGUCGGCAUACAAGGUGUUAUAUCUGCUACGUUGGAGGGCAAUGAUAAGGACCAACUUGCAGUGGUUGGCGAUGGAAUCGACUCGGUUGCAUUGACAAGACUGCUUAGAAAGAAGAUGGGAUUCACAGAGCUCAUUAGCGUCGCAGCGGUUGAUGAGAAGAAGAAAGAGGAAAAGAAAGAGGAAGAGAAAAAGCCGUCGAUCGAAAUUGUGGCAUGGCCCACUUCUUCGGCCUACCAAUACAGCGUACCACAGCCAAUGCACUAUGUGUACCAAGACCCCUACCGAGAUAACUGUUGCAUCAUGUGAAGCCCUACAAAUGAUAUCAACGGUUGAAGUUGUGUGUGAUGAUCCGUGAGGCUGCUUGUGGGACCUAACCAUGCUUUUUUCUCUAAGAUAUUAAGGUUGUGAGAAUGUGAAUUUUGGAUGUAACAGUCAUAUUUGAGCAAGCGUCAGCUUUUUUGCUCAUUUAAAAUAAUAAUAAUAAUUUUAAAAAAUGUUAUGGAAAUAGCAUAUUUUUGUAAAUAAGGGCUGUUAGAUUUC